UGCACCUGCUUUUUCUAAUUUAGGAAAACUAAGGUUGACUGAUGUCAAGUAAAUUAUUAAUUUAUUCAUAAAAAUCAUUAAAAUGUAAAAUUGUGUUUAAAUUUAAUCAUACGUGAGACUCAAAAUGCCUCUGGAGGAUUUACUGAACGUAUAUUUCGAUAGAGCCCUCCAAGUAGCAUUUAUAAGUCUUCUAUCACAUUAUUGCCCGAAGAUUACAACCUCAAUACUGUUUAAAAUACAAAAGAAUAAUCAACUUCACACCUUAAAAUUAAAAGGCAAAUGAAACAUUUCAGUGAACACGUUUUAAUUUUUCGCGGGUUUAUAGCAUCCAAUAUGGCUGUCGUGAAACUGUUCGAAAACGACGAUUUUAUCAUUAUUAACAAACCACAUGACAUGUAUAUAAAUUCAGACAAUGAAAAUGAAAAGAACACAGUAACCUGCCACAUCGCAUCCCACGACUCCCAUCUAUCUGGAUCAUCGAACCCGUUAUACUUCGUGCAACGUCUCGACUACUCCACCAGUGGCAUUCUCUGCAUAGCCAAGAACAAGACGGCGGCGGCGCGCGCCGGCAGACUGUUCGAGAAACGCCUCACUAGGAAAUAUUACUUAGCUGUGCUCAGAGGACAUGUUGGCUUUGAGUUAGCUGAUAUACAUUACGCUGUGGGUGCUGACCCAUCGCCCCAAAGCUCCCACAAGAUGCUGCCCGUGGUGAGUUCUGCGAGCAUCAGUGAAGAGCCGCGCUCAGCGCACACCAGGCUGCUGGUGCUAGAGACAGGCAGCUACUGCGAGGACCCUGUCACUGUGGUGCUGCUGAAACCCAUCACAGGUCGUCGGCACCAACUGCGUGUCCACUGCAGCGCGGUGGGCCACACCAUCCUCGGCGACUAUACGUACACCGACAGGGUGGACAGCGCGCCGCAUCGGAUGUUCUUGCAUGCCACGAGGUUGAUAUUGCCAUUCCAACAAGAGCCCUUGGACAUUCAGACUCCAGAGCCGUUCUUCAGUGACACGGAGUUCAGCAGUAAAUGGAAGCCGGGCAAGGGUUACUACAAAUAUAAAACGCCUGAGGACUUUGUGACUGCCUGUGACGUCAUUGACCGAGAUUACACUGUGGGUAUCAAAUAUGAAGAGUUCUGUCUUAAAAAUUAAACGUUUUUAUCAUG